ACAAAAGCACAUGCCUCUGCCCAUUUUCAUAAAUAAUAUACCAACAAUUUUUAUUGUUUUCUUCCAAAUUAUAAUAAAUAAAAUGAAUAGAAUUAAUGGUAGAUACAAAAGGGGAAAAUACAAGAAAUUAUCAUUUAAUAAUCUAUGCCCUUUCCCUGUAGUGUUGGCACCUCCUUCCCUCCUCCAUAUAUACUGCCUUCAUCUCUGCCAAUUCUCCCACUCCUCUCACUCCUCAUUUUCUCUCUCUUCCUCCUCCUCCCACCCACAUUCUGCUCAGUGUGAGUUUACAAUCAGAAAACAUAGCCAUUGUUGAUAAACAAGCCACAUUGAGCAGAAAACAGAUCUGUAACUUUAGCUUGAAUUUCCACUACCAUUUCUAAGAUAUUUUAUAUUUUUUCUAACUCGUGAUUUGGGGAAAGUGAAAACAGAAGAUUUUCUAAUGGAGAAAUCUGUGGGGCUCUGUUUUUCAAUGGCUCCCCUGUUUUUGCUGGUUGGUUUUCUGGCGCCGCUGGCAUUGGCCGGCCACAACUACGGCGACGCUCUAAGCAAGAGCAUUCUCUUCUUCGAGGCGCAGAGAUCUGGUUACUUGCCCGGCAACCAAAGAGUGCGGUGGAGGGGUAAUUCCGGCCUAAAUGAUGGAAAAACUAGCGGGGUGGAUUUGGUUGGAGGAUACUACGAUGCAGGAGACAACGUGAAAUUCGGGCUGCCGAUGGCGUUCACCAUUACUAUGAUGUCGUGGAGCAUCCUUGAAUACGGGAAGCAAAUGGCUGCCAGUGGUGAGCUAGGGCACGCCAUUGAUGCUGUUAAGUGGGGCACUGAUUACCUCAUCAAAGCCCACCCCCAACCUGAUGUCCUCUAUGGCGAGGUGGGAGAUGGAAACACCGACCACUACUGCUGGCAGAGGCCGGAAGACAUGACGACGUCGCGAGCUGCUUACAGAAUCGACCCGAGCCGCCCGGGAUCGGACCUCGCCGGAGAGACCGCCGCCGCCAUGGCCGCCGCUUCGAUGGUGUUCCGCCGCUACAACUCCGCAUACUCGGCGGAGCUGCUCAAACAUGCGUACCAGCUCUUCGAUUUCGCGGACAAAUACAGGGGCAAAUAUGACAGUAGCAUCACAAUCGCGCAGAAGUACUACCGAUCUGUCAGUGGAUACGCGGAUGAAUUGUUGUGGGGAGCUGCAUGGAUGUACAAGGCAACAAACAAUGCGUACUACUUGAAUUACCUUGGGAAGAACGGUGAUGCCCUCGGCGGAACUGGGUGGGCCAUGACUGAAUUCGGCUGGGAUGUUAAGUACGCUGGUGUACAAGCCCUUGUUGCCAAGUUCUUGAUGGCAGGGAAAGGUGGGAGAUACACUCCUGUGUUUGAGAAGUACCAAGAGAAGGCGGAGUUCUUCAUGUGUUCGUGUUUGGGCAAGGGCAACCGCAAUGCUCAAAGGACUCCGGGAGGGCUCAUUUUCAGGCAGAGAUGGAACAAUAUGCAGUUUGUGACGAGUGCUUCAUUUCUCAUGACUGUCUACUCCGAUUACCUAACAUCUGCUGGCAAGUCCCUUAGGUGUGCAAGUGGCAACGUCUCGCCUUCUCAGCUUCUCUCCUUUGCUCAAUCUCAGGUGGACUACAUUCUCGGUGACAACCCACGAGCCACAAGCUACAUGGUUGGAUAUGGUAACAACUACCCGAGACAAGUGCACCACAGGGCUUCAUCUAUUGUGUCGUACAAGGUGGAUCCUACAUUCGUUACCUGCAGGGGAGGGUACGCCACCUGGUUUAGCAGGAAGGGGAGCGAUCCCAAUCUUCUCACUGGCGCCAUUGUUGGAGGCCCUGAUGCUUAUGACAAUUUUGCUGAUCAGAGAGACAACUAUGAGCAAACCGAGCCUGCAACUUACAACAAUGCUCCACUCCUCGGCAUUCUGGCCAGGCUUCAUGCCGGUCACAGCGGCUACAACCAACUCCUUCCUGUGGAGCUUCCUGCUCUUAAGCCAAUUGCUGCUCAUCCGAUUCCAGCCACGAAGCCUGUGGUGAAACCCGCUCCAGUUUCGUCUACCAGUUUGAUUGCCGUUACUCAGAAGGUUACGGCUUCAUGGGUUGCCAAGGGAAAAACUUACUACAGAUACUCCACAACCGUCACCAACAAGUCUUCCAAGAACUUGAAGAAUUUGAAGCUCUACAUUUCCAAGCUCUAUGGCCCUGUAUGGGGUCUCACAAAGUCCGGUGAUUCUUACUCGUUCCCGUCUUGGGUGAACACUCUGGCCGCUGGCAAAAGCAUCGAGUUUGUGUAUAUCCACUCGGCUUCCCAAGCAGUGGUCUCAGUAUCAAGCUAUACUCUUGUUUAAGAAAGCAAGCACAUCAUGACACUUCACUCUGGUUUUUUAUCGGGUCGUGAUCAAGAAUUGUGCAGCUAUACACGACACGAUCCUCCUCAAGGUCUUCUUCCGUUUUUAAAGUUUAUUUUGAAGUUUGAGUUUCGGCUGUUGAUUGAGAUAGGAGUUGAAGAUGAAGUUAUAGGGUAAAUAAGGUUUGAGAAAUGGAUGAAGAAAGGAGUGAAGAGACGAAUUUCAAACAAGUGCUCAUCCUCUUUCUUCUCCUCUUCACCAGUCACAGGAUAGAUUGAGUGAGUGAGAUGAGGAGUCAAGAUGACUUCUCAAAGAACAAGUUAAAAUCCCUUUUUGCUUAUUUGUUACUUCAUAGCAGGCUUGAUUUCCCAUUGCGUUUGUCUUUUGUGUUUGAUGUUGUAAACUUUACAACAUUUCUUGUCUGUCUUCUAUAUCAAUAUAGUUUGCACAAAGAUUAUGUAUUUUCAAUCUGCCAAGCUAAUUUAUUGUUUUUGUUCA